GCAGUUUACGUUCUACCAUCGUACGCAGCAGCUGCUCUGGUCCGUUAUAGCAGCUUUAGUCCGGCGAAAUAGACGCAAAGUUCAUCCAGCCCACAGUAUGCGGGAUCCCAAUGAGGAGUCAUGUUGCCAACCCUUCAAGGAGGAGUUCCAACGUUCCAAAUUCUCACUGCAUCAUGAUGAACCGGGCGUAUUUUGCCGUUCGCAAUGGCAACGUGGAGAUCGUUCAUUCAUCUGGCUGCUGUAUCGUUGGUUUUUGGCAGCAUUUUUUGGAACUGGCGUGAUAAUGAGCUUAUCAAACUCAUUUGAUAACGGCCGAUGGUUUGUCUUUCUCACAGAUUGGGGUUUUACCCUAUGCUUCUAUGCCUGUGCCUAUGGAGCUAUGGUGGCUACGAUUUACUUUAUAAAGCCGUCAUAUUUUGCUCCUGGUAGUUGGUCCCUGAAAAUAUAUUGGAUAUCGCAUUACACGACUACAGUACUGGCUUUUAUGAUAACCUUAGUAUUCUGGGCUGCACUCUAUCCAAGUAUGCCUGGAAUGGCCGAUGAUAUCUACAAUAUCUGGGCACAUGCCACAAAUACAGCAUUCAUGCUUUUAGAUUGUUUUUUGGUUGCUUUCCCAACGAGACUGAUGCACUUUAUCUAUCCCUUUAUUGUGGGUCUGACAUAUGGACUCUUCUCACUGAUCUAUUACCUGGCAGGAGUGAAACAACCUAUUUACUUUAUAUUGGAUUGGAGUGAUCCUGGAUUGGCCAUUGGAACGAUUUGCGGCUGCGUUGUUUUGGUCAGUUGUUUCUGUAUAUUGGUUUUCUGGAUUUACAUAUUUAGAAGAUGGCUUCAUGGACGCUGUGUGAAACCUGAGGUAACUGUGACAAUGGAAACAAGAGCACCAGCUCCAGAGAUUGUACAACGUGUUUGAUUCCUAAUUAUAUCUAUAUAUGCAUAGUUAAUAUAAAAUUAUAACUUUAGAAUCAAUUUAUU